AUGCAAAAAAAAGACAGUCUGGAGACCUCGUCUCCUGUCUCUGGUUCUUGCUUCAAGAGUGUUUGGACGGAACAGACCCAGGAAUCUCCCAGCUCCCCUCGCGCUAGAUCUUCGUCCUUCUGCAGCCCGCCAGCCCCUGGGACCACCCGACCCCCGCUUUCGAGACCAUCCGCCCCUGGCCUCCGAGACCAAACAGCUCCGGGACCAGCCGCCUCCUCCCGUUGCUGUCGCCAAAACUUCUCCUCCGAGGCCGAGGCCGCGGUCAACCGCCUGGCCAACCUCUACCUGCUGGCCUCCUACUCCUACCUGUCCCUGGGUUUCUGUCUCGACGGGGACGAUGUCGCUCUGCCGAGGGUGUCGCAUUUUUUCCGUGACCCGGCGAAGAACAAACGCGAGGGCGCCGAGCGCCUUAUGCGGCUCCAGAACCAACGUGGGGGCCGGGUCCUCCUCCAGGCUGUGCAGAAACCUGCCCAGGACGAGUGGGCCCGCAGCUUGGAUGCCAUGGAGGCUGCCCUGAGCCCGGAGAAGCAGGCCCUCCUGAAGCUGCACACCCUGGGCUCCAGCCAAGGGGAUCCACACCUCUGUGACUUCCUGGAGAGCCGCUACCUGGGCGAGGAGGUGAGGCUGCUGAAGAGCCUGGGCGACCACCUGACCACCCUGCAUCACGUGCAGGCCGACCCCCAGCCGGGGCUGGGAGAAUACCGAGCCUGA